AUGGGCGCCUCGGUGGCCAUAACAUACCACACACGCAAAGACGAAGCCAUCGCCAACGCAGCCACACUCGCCUCCUCACACGGCGUCAAGGCGCAAGCCUACCGCUGCGACAUCCGCGACUACGCCUCCGCACAGGCCCUGGUGGCAUCCAUCCUGCAAGACUUCGGGCAGAUCGACGGGUUCAUCGCGAACUCGGGCAAGGCGGCCGAUGCGGGCGUCCUAGACGGCACCGUCGACGACUGGAACGAUAUCAUCCACACCGAUUUGACGGGCACGUUCCACUGCGCCAAGGCCGUGGGUGAGCAUUUCAAGGCCCGUGGUACUGGGUCGUUUGUCAUUACUAGUUCGAUGAGUGGCCAUAUUGCCAAUUUCCCGCAGGAGCAGACGAGUUACAAUGUGGCGAAGGCGGGGUGUGUGCAUCUUGCUAAGUCGUUGGCGAAUGAGUGGAGGGGGUUCGCGCGCGUCAAUUCGGUGAGUCCCGGUUAUAUUGAUACGGGACUUUCGGAUUUUAUUGCCAAGGAUGUGAAAGAUCUUUGGAGGAGUAUGAUUCCCUUGGGCAGAGAGGGCGUUGCUAAGGAGUUGAAGGGCUUGUAUGUGUAUUUGGUUAGUGAUGCUAGUACGUAUACUACCGGGGCGGAUAUCAUCGUUGAUGGGGGGUAUACUGCGCGUUGA